AUGAGUGCUUCUACUUCAUCACAUUCAACUGCUCCAAUUAAAACCUUCUCAUCUGAACAUCAGGAUAUGAUCCAUGAUGCUCAAGCUGAUUACUACGGAAAGAGAUUGGCCACUUGUUCAAGUGAUGCUACAAUUAGAAUUUUUGAUUUGGCUCCAAGUAAUUCUGAGGAACCAAAGUUGGUGGAUACUCUCAUCGGUCAUGAAGGUCCAGUCUGGCAAGUUAGUUGGGCUCAUCCACAAUUUGGAUCGAUAAUUGCCAGCUGUUCCUAUGAUCAUAGAGUUAUUAUUUGGAAGGAAAAUCAACAAACUCACAAAUUUACUAAAGUUUUUGAAUAUAGACUUGAGAGUAGCGUAAAUUCAAUCUCUUGGGCUCCUCACGAACAUGGACUUCAUUUGGCUAGUGCAAGCUCCGACUCACAAAUUACAUUCUUCUCCUACGAUGAACAAAGCAAUAAUUGGAAGGUUUCUAAUAUUAGAGAUGCUCACAAAACUGGAUGUAACUCUGUUUGUUGGGCUCCUGCAUCACACACUGGUGCUUUGGUUCAACAAUCUUCACAAGAUCAACCAGAAAAUUUAAAGUUUGUUAAGAGAAUUGUUUCAGGUGGAAGUGAUAAGCUUGUUAAAAUUUGGGAAUUCAAUGAAAGCUCAAACCAAUGGCAAAUUGAAGCUGAAUUGGAAGGACAUGACGAUUGGGUUAGAGAUGUUUCUUGGGCACCAAAUAUUGGUCUCCCUUAUGAAACUAUUGCCUCAUGCUCCCAAGAUAAACGAGUUAUUAUUUGGACUAGAGAUCAAAAUUCAAACCAAUGGAGCAAGCAAAUUUUACCUUUCGAAAAUGUUGUUUGGAGAGUUAGUUGGUCAUUAACUGGUAAUAUUUUGGCCAUUUCUACUGCUGAUAAUGAAGUUACUUUGUGGAAGGAAGAUGUUAAUGGUUCUUUCCAAAAAAUUAGUUCAUUGAGUGACAAGUAAACUGCUUGUGAUAAUAUUUUAAAUAAACCUUUUGUAAUCUU